AUGGAGAGUUUCUCACAGGUAUUGGCUUCAAACGGAUGGACGAUUUACAAGACGAAAGAGAAUCGUCCGUCGCCGGAAUCAACCGGAAACAGCAGUAACUCCGGGAGCUCAGUGUAUCUGUUUAGGAAAGUGUAUUCGGGUCGGAUUAUGACCCGAGAUAGAAAUGGUGGGUCGUGUAGAGUAAGAGAGCUGAGACUUCCUCAGUUGGAUUUUAGGAACGCUCCUCUACGGAUUCUGCAGUAUCUGAUGUUGAUGACUGACGAUGUCUUCUUCCUUGCAUAG